AUGGCCAGAUGGCUGUCGUUCAUUGUCGAAUAUAACUUUGAGCUUGCUCAUGUUACGACACUGUCGGCUUCUAUCAUUGAUCUCAUUCGAUCGGCGUAUGCUAAAGAUGAUCAUUGUAUAGCGUUGCUACAUGCUCUUGGCAGUGAUGAGUUUAAAGACUCGGACAUUAAAUUGUCGGCACGAUUACGUGCAAGCCUUCAUCGAUAUUCUAUCGAUCAGGGUUUGUUGUACUAUUGUACAGAUGUGGCGGAUCCUCUGCGUAUUGUGGUUCCUCAUGACGAGGACCUGAAGUACCGUAUCCUCUAUGAGGUAUAUGACACCGAUUGGGGGUCAUUUGGGUCGUGA